AUGGGAAAACAUCGUAUGAGAUUCUGUACAAACUGCUAUUGCAUUCGUACACCCCUGUGGCGUAGGGAUACUCGUGGUAGAUACGUCUGUAAUGCGUGUGGACUCUACUACAAAUUCAACACCAAAAUCAAGCCAAUUUCAGUAGAAAUUCGAAGCCACAACCUGAGGAUAUUACACAGGAAGGAAUUAGAAAAUAUGGCUGUCCACACACUCGCAUCGAUGAAACGGAGAAGAAGACGCACGAUUUAUAACGUAAACAACUCAUAG